UUGGUUCUCGAAGGCUACGAGGCGUCAUGAAGCUAGUUCUUGCCUUAGUGGUGGUGGCGGCGUGCCUGGCGACGGCCGCUCCUGGAGGAGGCUACGGGGGAGGAGUGUGCUGCGGAGGCGGUGGAGGUGGCGGCGGAGGCGGGAGAGGGCGCGGGCGAGGAAGGGGCGUUGGAGGAGGGAGGUUUUCCGUGGAUCUGGCGGGAGGACUUUCCAUUAAGGGAAGCGGAGCGGGAGGCCACGGAGGCUUUGGGGGAGGAAGUGGAGGUUUCGGAGGAGGAAGUGGAGGAUUUGGGGGAGGAAGUGGAGGUUUCGGAGGAGGAAGUGGAGGUUUCGGAGGAGGAAGUGGAGGUUUCGGAGGAGGGAGUGGAGGUUUCGGAGGAGGAAGUGGAGGUUUCGGAGGAGGAAGUGGAGGAUUUGGGGGAGGAAGUGGUGGCUUUGGAGGAAGUGGAGGUUUCGGCGGUGGAGGACUAGGAGGCGGUGGAGGAAGCGGAGGACACGGAGGAGCUGGAGGCGGCGGUGGCUUCGGAUCGAGCUUCAGCAGCAGCAGCAGCGGCUUCACCGGCACCGGCUCAGGCUUCAGCAGCAGCAACAGCGGGGCCUUCGGAAGCGGCGGCUCAGGCUUCAGCAGCGGAAACAGUGGCUUCACCAGCGGUGGACUCGGGUCCGGUGGAGGUGGAGGAGGUGGAGGCAGUGGAGGCGUUUGCUGUGGAAAAUGGUAGACGAAAGACCUACGACGAGGUUGGACCGGUUGGCUGUUGCAUCAUGAUCUAGAAUCAAUAAAGAGUAUCAAUC